AUGUACAAACAGCCAAUGGAGGAACUAUCAAUGAUUGUUGGAAAAAGGGAAAGACGCCAUGCAAGAAGAAAAGUACAAAUAAAGAAUAGCUAUAAAAAAUUAAUUGGUCAUGGUGGAUCUGUAAUUGACCGUAAGGCCUAUGAUCCCGACUCCACUAUAGCUGGUCUAUUGGCGGGAAUGUUUGUGAAAAGAAAUGGAAUCGAAAGAUCGCCACACAUUGAUUUUCAACAUAGUCAAAGAUAUCAAGGUCAACAACUGGAUUCGCACAAGUUUACUCAUAAACAAAAAGUACAGUUUGGAUUAGAAUCAGAAAAUGAAAGUGAUCUCCAAAAACGCAGAAGAAGAAACUUUAUAAUACAAGAUGGUUCACUUUGGCCAAAAGGCGUAGUUCCGUACGAACUGGACUCAAAUCUAACCCCCGAUGCUUUGGAAGUUAUUAACGCGGGAAUUAAAAUGAUGAACAAUCUUACUUGUGUCCGAUUUGCCAGACUUGGAACUGCUACCGCCAGCAAUGUUCCCCAUGGAAACUGGGUCAGGUUUUUUAGUGGGAGCGGAUGUUGGUCUUAUGUUGGAAUGAUAGGAUGGGGUCGUCAGGAUAUUAGCUUACGAGACCCAGGCUGCAUUAGUGUUGCUACAACCAUUCAUGAAAUGUGUCACGCUCUCGGAAUGUGGCAUGAGCAGAAUAGAAGAGACAGGGACCGUUACAUUCAACUUUACGGAGACAACAUUCAAAAUGGCGGACUCAGCAAUAUUAAUUUUGCAGCCAUAACAACUAGACUGUUGUAUCCAUACGACAUAUCUUCUGUUCUCCAGUACAGUUUAAAUUCAUUUGCCAUUGAUAGAAGUAAACCAACAAUACGUUCCAAGGAUCCGAGACUGGCCUUCUUGGCGGCCAAAGCCGAAGGUCUUAUGUACUACGACGCACGGGAGAUUACCACUGUCUAUGGAUGCACAAAGGAUUGUAACAACCCGCCUACCUGUGAAAAUGGUGGCUAUGUAAACCAUGUCUGCAAGUGCCACUGUCCUUCACCUCUAGCCGGAAGUAAUUGUUCGUCUGUCAAGUCAAGUCAAGGCUGUGGAGGUGUCAUAUCUUUACCAGAAGACGGGGAACAUGUUAUUACGUCAUCCAAUUACCCCAAUAAUUACAGAGUGGGAGAAGAGUGCGUAUGGCUGGUCAAGGCACCACCAGAUCGCCAUAUACAGCUGACUAUAGACUUCAUGGAUGUCUCUGAUAAUGGUUACGACACAUGCUAUCAUUGGUUGGAAGUCCGAUAUAACCUCAUGGGACAAGACGGCCCAGAACUUUGCGGUCUGCGAAAAGCAGAAAGAAUCUACACAACAGCUGAUGAAUUAAAGAAUGUAAUGAUUCUGAGGUUCAACACAGCUGUCUCCAGCGACAGGCCACCAUCUAAAGGAUUCCACCUUACUGUCAAGAGCAUUGGAAUGAGUUGCGUUGACCACCCCUGUGUCUUCGGUAAAUGUGUAGACACCAAUACCUCGUACUGGUGUGAAUGCCAGACCGGGUUUAAUGGAACCAAUUGUGAUCAAAUUAUCGACGCAAACAUGUACUUCUUUGCUAACUUUGAUGACCCUGGAAUGAUAAUUUUACAAAAUGAAGCCACAGACUCUUUUGACUGGACCCUAAACUCGAACGAAACACCUUCUUCAAAUACAGGACCAAGCUAUGCUCACUCGGGAAAAUAUUACAUGUACAUUGAGACAUCUUCGCCCCGGUCCCAGGGCGAUACUGCUAUUCUAAGUACAGGAUUGGUCAGUUUUUCAAUAGCGCAAGAGAGGUGUCUGAAAUUCUUUUAUCAUAUGUAUGGAUCGACAGUUGGUUCCCUAAAAGUAUUCUACAAAGGAACAGAUAUUGCAAAAACAGUGGCAUUCAGUCGAUCUGGCGACCAAGGAAACCAGUGGAUUCAGGCUGAAAUCGAUAUUCCUGCAGUACAAAAUCUUAAAAUUGAUUUCGAGGGAAUGGCAGGAUCUAGCUUCACUGGAGAUAUUGCUAUUGAUUCGAUAGAGCUCCUCAGCCAUGGCUGUUCUUCAACUACAAUUGCAUCUCCUACUAUUAGUACUACUGUGAAACCUACCAUGCAUAUGGAAACAACUGUUGAAGACACGCCCACACCAAUAGAAACCACGCCUACAAACAAUAUCACCUCUCCUAUAAGUAUUGAAGAUGCACUAAACAAGAAUAAGUCUGGAAGUAGUCAAGAGACCACACCUACCAUCAUUAAGGACUCAAACAUUACCCCGAAUCAAACUACUACAGCAACAGGAACAACAAUACCUUCCAUUGUUAAAUGUGGAUUUGAAACUGGAAAAACUUGUUUUAUGGAAAAUAUGGCCCAGAGUUCAAAUCAGAUUGGGAAAGAGGUUCUGAUUCAGCCUGAUAUACAGAAGGAUGACUUUGAUUGGACCAUCGGUCACUUGGGACCAACUUUGUCUUCUGAAACCGGCCCUUCCGCUGCAUACAGGGGUUUCAGAUAUGCUUUUAUCGAAGCAUCUAAUCCUAGAAAACAGGGUGACAGAGCAAUCUUGAGAACAAAUAUUACAUUUAAAGAAACAAUCCAGUGCCUCAGUUUCUCAUACCAUAUGUAUGGGACUUCCAAUGGAAUGGGAACACUAAAUGUCUUUUAUACUGGAAGUAAUGGAACAGUCAGCAAUAUAUUCAAACAAAACGGAAAUCAAGGCAAUUCAUGGAAGAGAAUAGCUGUAGAAAUUGCACCAACAAGUGGACUUCAGAUCUAUUUUGAGGGCAUCUGCGGGUCGAGUUACAGAAGUGACAUAGCUAUUGAUGAUGUCAUCGUUAGCGAGGGUAUAUGUGGAUGUGCAAUAGAACCCUGCAGACAUGGAGGAAGAUGUAACCCAGGAGGAACAUCUGGGUACACUUGUACUUGUAAAGGAGGAUAUGGCGGACAUAAUUGUGAACUAUUAGUCAAUUCGAUCCUCUGCACGUUUUCUGAUGGGAUUUGUUCCUUUCUGGCUCAAUCGACAGACGAUGGUGGAGAUUGGAGCUUUGGACAAACAACUCCAAGCAUUGAUACCGGACCUCAGAUUCCAUUGGAUGGCGCGUUUGCUUAUACUGAAUCCACAUUCAAAAGUCAAGGAACAACCUACAUACUGACGACUGCAGGGACUCAGCUAGCUAACCAAUACUGGUGCCUAUCCUUCUAUUACAACAUGUAUGGAAGAGAUACGGGGGCACUAGCUGUAAGGGCUGGCUCCUCUGGAGGACCAUUACCAUACAAGUGGUAUUUGUUUGGCAAUAGGGGUUUACAGUGGCAUUUUCAGGAGUUGUCCAUCCCGCCUUCUCCAAGACUAGUUAUUGAAUUUUUGGCGAUCAGAGGAUGGGGAUAUCGAAGUGACAUUGCCAUAGAUAACGUGUCGCUUACUCCAGGAUUGUGUUCAGUUUGA